AGUUUGUGUAGCUUUUUAGAUUUAAACAGCGUUUGUAUUCACAAGGAACUCAUUUGUGAUUUCAGUGGUUUUCCUAACAGAAGUGUGGUACAUUUAUUAGCUUUUGUGUGUGUGUCAGCAGCCCUCUACAGUCUCUCAGUAGCAGCAGACGACGCUGUCAGUUCCCACAGGGUUUACCUCCUCCCAGUCUCUCCAUAGCUCAGCCAAUCAGCAUCGAGCUGAGGGGAGGCAUAUGUUACCAGCUCUGAUGCUGCCUCAGCAUCCGAGAGGGGGAGGUGAGAGAACGGGAGGGUGAGAGUCACGGCGACAAUUCUAGACUGCUCAGCGACAUCAGUGUCGCAGUUUAGGAAAGAAAGAGCAUCGUCUGCCAGAAAGAGGAUACAAUACAUCAAGAAAAGUGAGGCGAGGAGUGUCCACCCUCUCUCUCUGUCUCUCUGGAUGAUGUCACAGCAGUGUUGAACUGAAACCGGCAUCACUCUACAGUAGCAGCUGCUGCUCUGUCUCUCUCUGCCUCCGCUGCUGCUGCUCAUGGGAUUACUGCUGCUGUUGUUUCUGUGGCCGUCGCUCGUUGGCCCGCUGGUCUGAACACACACCACGCCACACACUCUACUCUCCAGCCCGAGUUCCAGAUCUCCUGUACCUGAGCAUUCUUCUCUUCAACACACGGCAACAGAGUGUGUAUGUGAGGAGUACUUUGUCGACAGAGGGAGAAGUAGUAUACUCUAGUUUGCGUCGUCAUCCAAGGGACAGUUUGUAAAAGCCCCAGAGGCGUGUGUUUUAGCCCCCUGGCGGUCGCCCCCUUCCCCUGGUCCCGGCAGUGAGAGGCGCUGGGCCAUGUUCAGGGGGGGGUCAUGAGCCCGAGGUGUAUGCUGCUGAUUGUCUUUGGCUUCGUUGGGGGUGCCGUUGUUAUUAACUCUGCCGUGCUGGUCUCUCUGUCUGUCCUGCUGCUGGUGCACUACUCUGUCUCCACUGGCCUCCCUGCCCUGCCCACCCUGCCACGACCCAGCAGGAAGGAGCGUCCCAUCUCAAUGGGGUUAUUCCCAUUACCAGGAUAUGAUUUGACCAGUGACUCGCAGAGGGAAGCUGUUGAAACACCGUCUGAAGCCUGGAGAUGUAAGGACCUGAGCCACCCUCGCUCCAACACCAGCCUCAAGUUGGGGGCACCAGACUCCCAGAGCAGAGGGCAGAGGCUUUCGGCCAAUCAGCAGGCUGAACAGAACCAGGAUGAGAUGUCUAAUGCGAACCGUGGAGGCUCCAAGUCCAACAUGCCCAUGUCUCCUAAAGGGGGCUCCAAGUCGGGGACCUCAUUUGGGGCUCCCGCUCAAGGAGGUUCCAAAAUGUCCUCACAACAAGGUGGCUCUAAAUCGGACACACCCAUGUCAUCUCAAGGAGGGGACUCAAAGUCGCUUACCCCAUUGUCCACGCAAAACGGUGCCUCUAAUUUGGUCAUUCCACUGUCUUCUCAAGGGGGCGGGUCUAUUUUGGCCAGUCCCAUGUCUACUUCCGAGUCUGACGUUGCCAUGGUAUCGGUGAGCACGCCACUCCUGGAAGUGUUUGAGAAAGUGGGCAAGGGUCUGAACAGGAACCUGGACAGAAGCAACAGGAAGCCAGAGAACAUCAGCAGUAAGAACACCACAGUACCAGAGGGUCAGGAGGGUCCAGAAAGACAGAACUUAGAACUGAGAGGAGGGUCAGUACCUUGCACAGCUGAUGAUAACAGUGAGUCGUUGGAGGUGCAGGCCAUCAUAGAGUCCACUCCUGAACUGGACAUGGACCUUAGUGGCUACAGAGACGCCAGUACUCCUACUAAAGGAGUAGGAAUAGUUAACAUGGCAUUCGACAGGAAUACUGAGUCUCUGUUUGCGGAGCUGUCCUCUGCAGGACCCGACAUGGAAAUAGAUAUAGCAGACAUGGACGAGGGGGCUGACCUGCUGGGUAUGGGCCGUGAAGUGGAGCAUCUCAUCCACGAGAACACUCAGCUGCUGGAGACCAAAAAUGCAUUGAACAUGGUGAAGAAUGACCUGAUGGCGCGUGUGGAUGAGCUGUCGUGUGAGAAGGAGGUGCUGCAGGGAGAGCUGGAGGCUGUGACUCAGGCCAAGACCAGACUGGAGGAGAAGAGCAAGGAACUGGAGGAGGAACUCAAGAAGGUUCGGGCUGAGGCGGAGGAGGCCAAAACAAAGACGAAGAGUGAGAACAAUGAGGAAGAUGCGGAUGUUCCCACGGCCCAGAGGAAGAGGUUCACCAGAGUAGAGAUGGCCAGAGUCCUGAUGGAGAGGAACCAGUAUAAGGAGAGACUGAUGGAGCUACAGGAAGCUGUACGAUGGACAGAGAUGAUACGAGCAUCGAGAGAGAAUCCAGCCACCGCAGACAAGAAGAAAUCCAGCAUCUGGCAGUUGAGUUUCAGUCGGUUGUUCAGUUCGAGUGGAGGAGCGGCUAAGAAGCCUGCGGAGGCUGCGCCAGUGAAUGUGAAGUACAACGCCCCCUCCUCCCAGGUCCAGCCCUCUGUGAAGAAGAGGAGCGCAGCUCUGCAACAGCUACCCAGCGACAAGAGCAAGGCUUUCGACUUCCUCAAUGAGGAGUCUGAGUCAGGCAACAUGGUGUCUCGCAGGGAGCAGAAGAGAGCCCAGUACAGACAGGUGAAAGCCCACGUUCACAAGGAGGACGACGGCAGGGUACAGGCCUACGGGUGGAGCCUGCCCCAGAAAUUCAAGGUGGCCAAUGGUGGUCAGACGAUAGAGAACAAGAUGAAGAAUCUACCUGUACCUGUCUACCUCCGACCACUGGAUGAGAAAGAUGCUACCAUGAAGUUGUGGUGUGCUGCAGGUGUGAACCUGUCGGGGGGUAAGACCCGUGACGGCGGGUCUAUAGUAGGUGCCAGUGUGUUCUACAGUGACCUGACCAGCCCUGGUCCUGAGAGUCCUCUCAGGAAGACAGGAUCACAGAGCAGUCUGGACAAACUGGACCAGGACCUAAAGGAGCAGGAGAAGGAGCUGCUCCACCAGGAGGAGCUGUCCUCUCUUGUGUGGAUCUGUACCAGUACUCAGGCCACCACUAAGGUCAUCGUCAUCGAUGCCAACCAGCCUGGGAAUGUCCUGGAGAAUUUCUUUGUCUGCAACUCCCAUGUCCUCUGCAUCGCCAGUGUGCCAGGUGCCAGAGAGACAGACUAUCCGGCAGGGGAGGAGGUGCCCCAUGACGCAGGGUCGGGUGCUGAGGGCGGGACUCUGCAAGCGAGCACAACCAGUAUUUGCUCAAUGGGUGAAGCUGGAGUGCUGGCAGGGAUCAAUGUGGUUGGCUGCUCUACAGAGGGGGCAGUGGCUACCCCCCAGACAGCAGGAGCAGAGAAUGACACUGACACAGACGCCAAGGCUGCAGAGGAGGCUACUGAAGCUACAGAGGCCAGUGCGGGUCCUGCAGGCCCGGAGCAUGACUUAAGUCAGAGGGGAGUCUACACUGAACAUGUCUUCACUGACCCUCUGGGAGUACAGAGCACUAGUCCUGGGGAGACGCCAGCCAACUACACACAGAGGGAGUCUGAUCUGGUAAAGGAUGGUGUUAGCUCCAACCCUAACCCAGAGGAGCAGGACCUGAUGAGAGAAGAAGCCCAGAAGAUGAGCAGUGUUUUACCCACCAUGUGGCUUGGUGCACAGAACGGAUGUGUGUACGUGCACUCGUCAGUGGCCCAGUGGAGGAAGUGUCUCCACUCUAUAAAGCUGAAGGACUCUGUCCUGGGCAUCGUCCAUGUGAAGGGGAGAGUGUUGGUGUCUCUGGCUGAUGGAACACUGGCUAUCUUCCACAGAGGAGUGGAUGGUCAGUGGGACCUGACUAACUACCACCUACUAGACCUGGGCAGACCCCACCACUCUGUCCGCUGUAUGACCGUGGUUCACGACAAGGUCUGGUGUGGCUACAGGAACAAGAUCUACGUGGUCCAGCCCAAAGCCAUGAAGAUAGAGAAGUCGUUUGAUGCCCACCCCCGUAAAGAGAGCCAGGUGAGACAGCUGGCGGGGGAAGGAGAUGGUAUCUGGGUGUCCAUCCGACUGGACUCUACUCUGAGACUGUUCCAUUCCCACACACACCAACACCUGCAGGACGUUGACAUAGAGCCCUACGUCAGCAAGAUGCUGGGUACGGGGAAGCUGGGCUUCUCCUUUGUCAGGAUCACAGCUCUCACGGUGUCCUGUAACCGUCUUUGGGUCGGCACUGGCAAUGGAGUCAUCAUCUCUAUACCUCUCACUGACACCGAUAAGGUGAUGGCAGGACCAGGUAAACCUGGCGGAGUGAUCCGUGUGUAUGGUGAUGAGAACAGUGACAAGGUGACGGCUGGAACCUUCGUACCCUUCUGCUCCAUGGCGCACGCUCAGCUCUGUUUCCAUGGUCACCGAGACGCAGUCAAGUUCUUCACCGCUGUCCCAGGUCAUGUGAUCCCGUCAUGUGCAGGCGGAGCAGCGGAGGCUGGGGGUGACAACGGGGCAGAGGAGCACCCUCAAAAGCAGUUUGGCAAGUCUGUUCUGGUGAUGAGUGGAGGAGAGGGAUACAUCGACUUCAGGAUGGGUGAUGAGACUGAAGAUCCACUGGACGAGCCCACUCUGAAGCUGCAGCCGUUCCUGGCCAAAGCUGAGAGGAGUCACCUGAUCGUCUGGCAGGUCAUGGACAGCCAGGACUGAACUGUAACCUCUGACCAUGCCACGGUGAUGAGGAGCCUAUUUAAAGCAGGAACAAGCUGUCCAUUCAGAUUCACUCUUUUGCAUGUUUAUUUUUGUUUAUUUAUUUUCUUCUAAUUUUGGUUUUGUAUCUUUGUUUUGUUUUAUGUUUUUUUAAUUAAAUGUUUUAUUUUACUUAUUGUAUUUUAAAUCUGAUACAAGCCCGUUGCGCUUCUAUUAUUAUUAUUAUUAUUAUUAUUAUUACUACCGGUAUUACUACUAGAAUGAUUAUAAGUGAAAACAAAAAAAAAAUGGUGAUUUAAUUUUCUUAGAUCAUAUUUUGCACCUGGUUUUCUAUUGGAUGCUUAGGGUCCAACCCCUCUGUCCAAAUACUGUGUGGUGAUUGGUGGAAUCAAUGCACGGUCAGGGUGUGUCUUUGGCCUCCCCUCUGUGCUUUCUUUCAGAUGGACAGAGGAAACAAUAGUGUAUAAGAGACCUGCUCACAGGAGAAUAAUGAUGGUUUAUUGCUUAUGAUGUGUUUUGAAAUACAAAACCAAAUCAACCCCAUGAUGUCUCACAUCGUCCAAUAAGAAAGAAGGGAUUACAGGACAAUCCAGCAAGUGAGCCAAUCUUUUGUGUCCUGAAUGACACAGGCGUGCUCUUCUUGCGUGAUAGAUUUUAUUUUGUGAGAACAUGGCUCUUGAUUUUAUGAAAGACCGUUUUUAAUCAAUUGUAAGAGUUUUCUGGACCUGGGAUCAGUGUUGUCCUCAAUGACUGGGCUUAUGUUUAGGCUAACCUAAUAGAUCUGUGAUCAAUCAUGUCCGUAGCUGCUGGGGCAGAGAAUCGCUUUGUUUCAAUACUUUGGAAAUGCCCCUUUUCUUUCUAGGGGUAAUGAUUGACAGGAUUUACAUAGGAUGGAUACAUAUAGAUGAAUAAUUUAUUACCUCACGGAAGGAAGGCAGUGUUGCAUUGCAAGAGUGUUGGAACAGGGCUUCCGUCUUUAGUUUCUAGGCCGUUGCUCUCCCGCCUUCCCUCCCUCCCACCAGCUAGAGCUUGCAGACACUUUACGAAAAUCAACGGCUGCCUUAUGUUUGAGAGUUGAGAAAAAAUAUGUUAAACUACAUAAUGGACUUUAAGUGUGACAGAUUUAUUUAUUCCUAUGUGAAAGAAUGUUACAUGGCCGGUUACCAAAUAAAGUAAAUGUGUGGCCUUGUA